AUGAGCGCUAUUAUCGUCGAUAAUAAUGAGAUCCAGUACAUCGUUCGUAUUCUCAACACUAACAUUGAUGGUACAAAGAGGAUUGCCUUUGCUCUUACAAAGAUUCGAGGGGUGGGGAGAAGGAUCUCGACUGCCAUAUGCAAGCGCCUUGGUAUCGACCUGGAGAAGAGAGCUGGAGAGAUGACUGAGGAAGAGAUGAAAAGGAUUUCUGAUGCAAUUCUCGAUCCUGCAAGUGUCGGGAUUCCCGAAUCCUACAUGAACCAUCAAAAAGAUAUCAUUGAUGGGACAACAUCCCACCUUAUAGGUACAAAGCUCGAUGCAGAUCUAAGGAUGAUGAUCGAGAGAGGGAAGAAGAAUAAGCGCAUCAGAGCAUGCAGGCUUGAUGUCGGGCUCAAGGUACGUGGGCAAAGAACUAAGUCAAAUGGUAGACGUGGAAAGUCCAUGGGUGUUUCAAGAAAGAAGUAA